GGAUUCUACCGGGCAAUGUUGAAAUAUAAAUACAACGAACAUUAUGCGAGGCACCUAUGUGAUAUUGUCCAGCUCCUCUGCGCCUGCUCCGUAACGCAGUCCAAACGUAUAUACGUAGCUCAUCAAAACUCGCUGGAGAAGUGAAAGGUUUGUAGCGUGCGCUUCGGUGACGGCAUUAGCUUAGUGUUCAGUGAAGUAGCCGGCAGCACACAGGUCUAAAGUGAUACGAAGGUCUGGAUAUAACAGUUAUAUCGCGUGCUUUACUCGUGGAAGGUUUACAGCGUGGAAGCGGGUGGUUUUAUUUUGAAAAAGAAAGCUAUAUUGAAUGGUGAUACACCAUUGUGUUAGCCUGCUAACGCUAGUCAACUAGCAGUCCGGCUAACCGGAAUUCUGGGCUGACAGUCUGCCAAGAUAUAUUGUAUACACCUGAAGCAAUGGACCGUGGCUCGGAGGCCGCUGCUGACCGAAUCUUGCUGGAACCAUACAACUACUUGUUGCAACUGCCGGGAAAACAAGUAAGAACUAAACUUGCCCAAGCAUUCAACCACUGGCUCAAUGUUCCAGAGGACAAACUGCAGGUGAUCAUUGAGGUGACUGAGAUGCUACACAAUGCCAGUUUGCUCAUAGAUGACAUUGAGGAUAGCUCCAAGCUGCGUCGAGGCUUCCCGGUGGCACAUAGCAUCUAUGGCAUUCCCUCUGUUAUUAACUCGGCCAACUACGUUUACUUUUUGGGGUUGGAGAAGGUGCUGAUCCUAGAGCAUCCUGAGGCUGUACGAGUGUUUACCCGUCAGCUGCUGGAGCUGCAUCGUGGUCAGGGCCUCGACAUCCACUGGAGAGACACCUACACGUGUCCCACUGAGCAGGAGUACCGUAGCAUGGUGCUGCAGAAGACGGGAGGGCUCUUCGGUCUCGCUGUAGGCCUCAUGCAGCUCUUCUCAGACUGGAAGCAGGACCUGAAACCCCUCUUAGACACACUGGGCCUCUUUUUCCAGAUCCGUGAUGACUAUGCCAACUUGAGCUCCCACGAGUACAGCGAGAACAAGAGUUUCUGUGAGGACUUGACUGAGGGCAAGUUCUCUUUCCCCACCAUUCAUGCCAUAUGGUCACGUCCAGAAAGCACCCAGGUGCAGAACAUCCUCAGGCAGCGCACAGAGAACAUGGACAUCAAACGAUACUGUGUGGACUACCUGGAGAAGGUGGGCUCAUUUGCCUACACCCGCCAGACUCUGCGGGAACUGGAGACGGAGGCCUACCGACUCAUUAGGGAGUUUGGAGGAAACCCUCAAAUGGAGAGCCUGGUCAAACACCUUAGCCAGAUGCAUCACGAGGUUGCCACAGCCGAGUCUAGUGAGCCACACUCCGGCCAAGGCCACUGACGACAUAUUUACCUUGACUCCCAUGCACUCCUGCACACAGAUGCUGAUGCAGUGAUACAGACACACACAUUCCUGAAAACCUCAAUGCAUACGCUAUGUUGAGUCGUAACCACUGAACACAAACCAUUCAGAUAGCAGAGCAGUCACAAAUGUUGCCUUUUGGUUUUGUGUGCAUGAUGGCAUCCUUCAAGUGUUGCUUAAUAGUACACAUAACCAAUUUUUGUAUCCAAAUGUAACAGUUCAGUCAGUGGAAGACAUGAAUUGAAAUAAAAGAAUUUUAAGGUUUGAGCUUUCAUUUUCUGAACAUGAAAAAUAGCAAGUUGGCAAAAAAAAGCUUUCACGCCUUCCGUUUGAUGUGCACCACAAUUCAUAAAUGUAUCUCUCUCUUCCUUGCCAGCAAAUGGAAAUUGUUUAUCUAGGGGCGAGUGAAUGCCGGCUUUUAAUUUAUUUUUUUUGUCUCUUCCCCCACGUUUUAAAAGCAGGAUUUGGAUGUCUCGACUGUAUAUGUGGUUGAGGUUCCUUAAUCCUCAACCUGAGUGCCAAGCUUUUAGGAAAGACCUCUACCACUGUAUUGUCUCCUUUUUACAUAACACACUGGUGUUGUAUGCAAAGCGGUGCUCAUAUUUCUUAUGCGCUCCCUACAUGAGUACGCUUUGGUUUCAGAGGUCUUCACACCUCGAACAUUUCAUUAGCUUGAUACUGUUUUUUUAUUAGGAGACACCUCUUUGCAGUAA